AAUACGAAACUGUCCCCGAGGCAGAUAUUCGGAGCUGUCGAGCCAAGUAAGAUGUCGACGGAGACUUUGGAGGCCCAGCUAGCAACAAUUGCACAAGAAAGUGCAUUCCUGAAGAAAUAUUUCUCUCUUAGGAACAAAUGCGAACAGAUGCACCAGGCAAAUGAGAAGCUGGUGAACAGGAUUCAGCAUGUUAAAAAGCUGAUUAAAAGGACAAAGAGAGAAAGGAGGUACUUAGUAAGCCGACUAGAGGAACAUGGAGACAACUUUCGUGAAGCACAGGUGCCAGUUAUGUGGGAGGAGGAUCAACUUUAUAACUUGUUGCGAUCUCCGCCUCCGUACCCAGGCUCGGGGUCUGAGGCAGAGUCGGCCUCCAAAGCUCGUCCCUCUGCGUUGUCAUCCAUACAACCUCUACUGCAGGCACACGGGAUGUCAAGUGAAGCCCCUACAAACAAAAAAGGAAAAAAAAUCAAGCAGGAGAAAGAAAAGGAUCCUCUUGCCCCUAAGAAACCUGUUAAUGCUUUCAUGCUUUUUCGUCAGCAAAGAAGAGCAGGAAUUCAAGAGGAGUAUUUUAAGGAACACAGAGAUGCUAUUUCAGCUCAUGAGUUGACAAGGAGACUGGCCUUGGAAUGGGAGAACAUGGCAGCAGAGCAGAAAAAGGUCUACCAGGACAUGUAUGAGCAGAGCAUGCAGCAGUAUGAGAUCGAGCUGCAGGAAUACUCAAUGGGCCAGUACGGGGAGACUACAGAUCCAAGGAGACCCACCAGCCCCCUGUCAGAUGCAGCCAUGACGGCACUUGAACUGGCAUCCAGAUACGGUGCUACUCUCAAUGUCAAACAGGAAGUAGACGAUUGAACACAUCACCUUCAAUCACUAUUGGUUGGUGACAAGAUCGUGACAAGAUGUGAAACAUUGAGACAGUCAGAGCAACAAUCAAGACAGUCAGAUGAGAGCAUUAUGCAAUAUGUAGUGAGUGACUAACAAGCAUUUUGACUGCUUCAGUCUGUGUACUUGACCAAGGGACAUUCUUGUAUGGAUAUAUUUUGAUGUGUUGUCCUUGUAUAUGGCUGCGGUGGACAAUGUAUUGUUUUCAGUGGCUUUAAUAAUUGUUUGAAACAAUGGACCAACUAAUACAAACAAACUGUGUGUUUGACGGCUUAGCUUCACUUACAACAGUUAUGAGUAUGUCAAUGUGUUGUCAUGGUAACCUUGUACAUUUUUCCACCCAUACUUGUAAGUUAUAGCUGUUGGUCAUGACUUGAGCAACAAAGUGUGGUGUUUCUCAUCAUGAUGCAUGGCAGUCAGUAUUAAACCCCCAAAUAUUUUAUUUUUCAAUUUUGUGACAUGCAAAUGAACAUGUCCUUGUACAGAAGAUGUAUUUUUGCUUUUGAAGGUCAUCCUAAGUUUCAUUUCUUCCUUGUGAAUUUCCCUGAUCUACUGAAAGACGUUUACAGUUUUUGUUAUUUAGUUGCUUGUCACUGUUAUAAGCCGGUAAUGAGGAUGAGUGACAGCUUGACGUGUAACACGUCUCCACUCGUUACUGUCUCUACCAUGCUGUAUCAAGGGUUCUCUGUGAGGACCUGUUGUUGCCAGUAUAUAGCAAGCGGGCUGUAUAGUGCAGAAAAUAGCUGCUGGACUGAAGGAGGAUUAGACUCAAUCAUGGCAAAUGAUUUAAGGAAUAUAAUGUGUGUGGCUUCAGCAAUAUAGGAUAUUUAACAUUAGUAAUCACAUAAACAGAUGAAAUGUUGAUGCAUCUAUGCAGUUAUGAAAGCCUUAUUGUUAUGUUUUGUGUAACCUCUGCAUGAGAAUGACAGAUCAAGUUUCAGGAAUCUUCACUUCACAUUCACGUUUAUGUCACUUAUUGAAAGAUUGACUUCCAUCUUGUUUAUUCUUACAAUAUGACUUGCGUGAAGCACUAAUAUCAGUGCCAAACAUCAAACUGUAAAAAUAACAACGUUGAUCAUGCUUUUAUAAAUACAGUACUCCAGUUUCUGAGUUCUGUAAGACAGUUAUUGUUUCAUUGAAAGAUUGUGUGCAAAAGUGAUGUUUUAAAAACAAUUUCCUGAGGUGUUUUUUGCCCUGAAUUACAACUGGCAAUGUUCAGUACUGGUUGUGUGUGUAGCUGCUGCAGACAUCAUUUAAGUAGCGCUGUAAACUCAUUUGGCACCAACCUUUGUGCUUUUCUUAUUUUAUGAGAUAUUUUCAUUCAUUUUCCUUGUGCCAUGAUACUUAAACUAUUAUGACUGUUUGGUGGUGUGAUAGCUUGUUAGAUAAAGUGUGAAAAAUGUGGUAAAAAUGCUAAAGUGAUGGAUGCAAAUAAACUAUGAAAUCUA